AUGGAGAAAGAUAUGGAAGUUGAAACGCUGUCAAGCUAUCCUCAUAAAGCAAGUGGCAGUUUUAAUAUUGAAAUCGAUUACGAUAACUUGAAACCGUCUGCGAAGGAAGAUCCUCUGAACUGGUACCUCCGAGAGGAAGAGAAAAAACUGCGAUCUCACAAUUUGGAUAUGGACAUCGCCGACAUUCAGUCUACCAGCUACACCCCUGUCCCUGUUGCGGCUUACAACAGCACUGAAGGAAAAGAAACGCACCUCUGGGUGAACAAGUAUGCCCCUCGGCGUUUCAUCGACUUGCUUAGCGAUGAUGGUAUCAAUCGAACACUGUUGACGUGGCUGAAGCUUUGGGACCAGUGCGUGUUUAAGAAGCAGAAAAGUUGGCGGCGAUCCAGUUCCAGGGAAGUUCGAAAAUCUGUCGGCUAUCCGUCGCAGUACCAUAAGUUUGUCAAAGAAAGCGGUGUAGCUGAACUGAGCGAGGAAUUGGACAAAUACAAAAGGCCAAUGUACAAGACGGUGCUGCUCUGUGGUCCCCCUGGUGUUGGCAAGACGACGUUAGCUCAGACCAUUGCCAGACACUGCGGAUAUUUCGUACAAGAGAUGAAUGCCAGUAACGAUCGUACCCUGGAAAAUUUUAAAAAACACCUUGACGGAGCAACUCAGAUGGCUAGAACAGUGGAUAGCGAAUCGAAGCCUCAUUGUCUGAUCAUUGACGAAAUCGACGGCGCCCCCGCGGUUUCGAUAAAUUAUUUGGUGUCCCUGGUUAAAAAUGACGAAGGUAGCGGCAAAGGUUCAAAAGCGAAAAAUAGACCGCCGCUCUGUCGUCCCGUCAUCUGCAUCUGCAACGACUUGUAUAAGAUUUCGCUUCGAGAGCUGAGAAAAGUUGCGCUGAUUCUUCAGCUGCCUCCGAUUGAACCUCGACGUUUGUUCGAUCGUCUUUCUCAGAUCUGUCAGAAAGAAGAUUUAGCUACUGAACCGUCGUCGCUGGAGGCUCUAUGCGAAAAAUCUUCAAACGACGUUCGUUCGUGCAUCAACACGUUGCAAUUUCUGAAGAUUUCCAAUACUCCGGUGUCGUAUAAAGAAAUUCAAAGCACUUGCAUUGGCCAGAAGGAUGAACAGAAAUCAUUGUUUACUACGUGGCACGAAAUUUUUCAGCUGCCCACAUUGAAAAGGAAAAAGCACGUCGGCCAUGCGAUGAACCAAGAGCAAGACAGAUCGCUGCUGUUCCAUCGGAUCUUGAACGUUUGGGACGCGAUUAACAAAUGUACGGAUGAGCAGCUUUUCAGAGAAGGUUUAUUCGAAAACUAUCUGAAAAUGGGCUUUCGUGAUUCGCGGUUAGAGAAGGUCACUUUUGGUACGGAUUGGUUAUGUUUCACAGACCAGUUGGAGCGUAUGGUCAACGAGCGUCAAAGGUAUGAAUUUCUUCCCUACCAGAAUCUGGUAGCCAUCGUAUUUCAUCUUUUGUUCGCGACGAACCGUUAUCCGAAACUUCAGUUUCCUCACACUUAUCGAGAGAGCAUAGCUCGUCUUAGCCGUAACCAUGCUACUGUCGGAACGAUCUUGAAUGACAUGAUGCCGAAACUGCGACCGUUCGCCAACCUCCUCAACGUUGUGCUUGAAACUGCACCGUGGCUUUGGUGCAUCUUUCAGCCAGACAUUAGACCAAUGAAUUCCCAACUAUAUAGUGUGCGAGAGAAGAGCGACAUGCAGCGAACCGUCGAGACUAUGAUACAAUAUAAUAUUACGUACAGUCAGCAGCGGACACCGGAGGGCCAAUACGUUUUUGUUUUUGAACCGCCCAUUGAAGACGUUGUCAGGUUUGCAGGAGUGAAAAGCGUGUGGAAAGCUUUGGUGUAUGCUGCGAGACAGCUGCUGGCACAUGAAGUUCUGCUUAAGAAAGUGAAGAUAUCAGAAACC